AUGCCGCUUUAUCUCAGCGUAACUAUCAAAGGGUUAAGAAACCUCUGGAUGCAAGAGGAGGAGGGGGGUGGUUUUAAGCCUGGUCAGGGGACAAUCUUCACAUCCUACCAACUGGAGGAGCUGGAAAAGGCCUUCAAUGAGGCCCACUAUCCUGAUGUAUAUGCUAGAGAGAUGUUGGCCAUGAAAACAGAGUUGCCAGAAGACAGGAUACAGGUUUGGUUCCAGAACCGCCGGGCCAAAUGGCGGAAGAGGGAGAAGUGCUGGGGCAGGAGCAGCGUGAUGGCUGAGUAUGGGCUCUAUGGUGCCAUGGUGCGUCACUCCAUCCCGCUGCCUGAGUCCAUCCUCAAGUCUGCCAAGGAUGGCAUCAUGGAGUCCUGCGCCCCUUGGCUCCUGGGGAUGCACAAAAAGUCUCUGGAGGCAGCGGCUGAGGCGGGGAGGAAGACGGAGGUGGAACGCCAGGCCCUGCCCAAGCUUGACAAGGGUGACAAGGAAGAGAGGGGCCCGGAUCCCAAAACCACCAUUUCCCAGGAGGAACUGAGAGAAAACAGCAUUGCCGCCCUCAGGGCCAAAGCUCAGGAGCACAGCACCAAAGUCCUGGGGACCAUUGCCGGGGACAACCCAGCCCCGGGCAGGAAGCCGGAGACAGGGGAGGAGGCGGCAGUGGCAGAGGAUGAGAGACAGACAGAGAAGUUGAACUCGUCGCAGAAGGAGGAGAAGCUGAUCUAGGGGGGGGAAAGGCGGCAGAAGCCAGUCCAGAUGGACACUGUGUUCUCCGGGGGCCGCGUUCCCCCUCGGACUGCCAGGCCCCCCCGGCCGCCCCUGCCUGGGGAGCGGGGCCCUGGUCUCUGCAUUUGGGGCUGCCUGGCGGGGGGGGCUCCCUGCCUGCUCCCCUCGAGCGUAACCCUGCCCCUCGCUCCUCUGCCCCGCUGGGCCUUCCUCACCCUCCCACCCCUUCC